AGCCCAUACAUUGGCGGCAACUGUUUCCGGACUUGGAAUCUGUCAACCGACGCUGAGGCUGUAAAUUUCGCCGGCAACCUCCGACCAUUAUGAUUGGACAAAGCGAUGAUUUCAAAUCGGGUGAUCGCUACUCCUGUAUUUAUUUUCCGUGCGUUCGACAUCUUUUCCCUAUCGAUUCAUCGUCGAGUUCUUCUCGUCGGCUUGCGCUAGUCCACUAGUGGAAGGACAUGGAAGUACAGCUGGCAAGCGGAAGCCCUGGCGCAGAUAUAUGGAGGAGGAACGAAGGAUCCCAACGGCCAACGGUGGGUGAGGCACUGAAUCGAGGCAGCACUAUGACGUCGGCGUCGCCGCCGCGGCGCGUGUGCGUGACCGGAGGCGGCGGGUUCAUCGCCUCGUGGCUCGUCAAGCUCCUCCUCUCCCGCGGAUACGCCGUGCACGCCACCGUCCGCGACCCAAGUGAUCCCAAGAACGCCCACCUGCGGCGGCUGGAGGGAGCUCCGGAGAGCCUGCUCCUGUUCAAGGCCGACGUGCUCGACCGGGACGCGCUGGCGGCCGCGGUCGCCGGGUGCGAGGGGGUCUUCCACGUCGCCUCCCCUGUGCCCGCGGAUAAGGUCGUCGAUCCUGAGUCAGAGGUAUUGGCUCCUGCUGCCAAAGGCACUCUGAAUGUUCUUCAGGCUUGCUCCGCGAAUAAUGUUCAGAAAGUUGUUGUGGUUUCAUCCACCGCUGCUGUUCAUUAUAAUCCGACUUGGCCCCAAGGUAGAGUGAAAGAUGAGAGCUGCUGGUCAGACAGAAAUUUAUGCAUGAAAAAUGAGGACUGGUAUAGUGCUGCCAAGACCAUUGCUGAAGAGACAGCAUUGGAGUACGGAGAGAAGAAUGGGCUGCUUGUUGUUACAGUUUGCCCCUGUAUCGUUUUAGGUCCACUGCUGAACCCAGUGGUCAACACUACGAGCGAAUUACUCAUCUACAUUAUAAAAGGAGGUCCUAGUGUGAUGAAAAAUGUGCUCUGGAACAUAGUUGACGUCCGCGAUGUGGCCGAUGCUUUGCUUCUGGUCUACGAGAAAGUGGAAUCAUCUGGGCGAUACAUCUGUGCACCAGAUCGGAUCAGCACAAAAGGCAUGGUGAACUUGCUCAAGAAGACCUACCCCAACUACAAUUAUGUGGAGUGCGACGACGAAGACUAUGCAUCUGCAAUCUCGCGAGUUUCAUCGGAGAAACUAACGAGUCUAGGCUGGAGGCCGAGGAAAAUGGAGGAAACUUUGUGCGACAGCGUUGGAUACUACGAGCAGGCAGGGCUUGUGCAGGACGUAGAGGGCCGCACCUGCCGUCUUCCUCAUAUUUUCCAUUUUGCUUCUGACAAAUGAAGCAGGAACUGCAUUUGGACAGUCAGCCUGUCUGCGGUGCUCGACAACCUGCACAGCAUGACCGCCCAGAUCAUCAGUCCAUUGACGCACUGUCGGAGGAAAAGCUGGUUGCUGUUAUCUGAAUUCUGAAACCAUCUCAAACAUCCUUGGACAGAGUCAUGUAACUGAAGAUCAUGAACCAGGAAUGGCAAGAGAGCAUAGCUCGUUCGAUGUAAAUUCAGCAAUUCAUCUGGAGCAGGAGCUGCUCCUCUCCGAGUGAUCCCCUUGCUUGAAAGAUGCGAAACGGCUUCGUAGAGUUCCCAACA